CGUUCUGACGGUCCAGAAACCGCAGAUCUACACAAUAUUGUUUUUGUGUGAAGAUCAAACGUCACCAGCGCUGACACGCUAAAGGCCGCGCAGUGAAACGUGGGUCACGUGACGCUGGAGACGCUAGUCGAGGUGUAGCUGGUUCCACUGGUGAACAGGCUCCGCUCGUGCUCUUUAGCUGCUCUUAGAUUAUAAUAAAGCAGGUCCAACAUCACCGGGUGGAACCAGAACUUCGUCGAGCACUGGAGGCUUCACUUGUUAAAGAAACCUUGAGCUCCACUCCUGCCGUCCUCCACCUUCCAUCAGUCCCACAGCUGUAAACCAAACACCCAACAUGAGCAUGGAACUUGAAGUGAAGAACGCUGAACUGAGAGCUGGAGAUCAGCUGAAAGUGAAGGGAGUCAUUCUGCAUGAUGCAGAGAGAUUUCAGAUCGACCUGGGCUGUGAUGUAGAUGACCUGGCGUUGCACUUUAACCCCCGUUUCCAUGACGACGACGAUGGAGCUGUUCUCGUGUGCAACUCAAAGAUUGCAGGCUGCUGGGGUGAUGAGAAACGGGAAACAGAAAACCCUCUUCAGAAAGGCUCAGAGGUGAAGCUUGCACUGAAGAUGAAUGAAGACGUGUUUGAAGUGGAGCUGCCUGGUGGACAGGAAGUCCAGUUUCCGAACCGUGUUGGUCUAGGAGUCAUCAGCUACAUCAGAAUCAAGGGAGACUUCAAACUGACGUCUUUCAAGAUCUCCUCAGGUGUUUGUUCCUGUUCCAGCUGAGCUGUGCCAAUGGUUCUCCCUCUUCAUAAAACAACAUAGAGUUUAGUCAAGCUGAUGUGGAGCAGUGGAAUAUCAGUGUUUGAUCUAAGUCUAUGAUGUAAUUUGUGAAUAGUCAGUUAAAAAAGGCACAGCUUCUAGGUUUCAUCCAGACUUUGAAUCGCUUCUUCUUUAGAAUAAGUUUUCCACUCACUGGGGAUUUCACCAAAGUUCUGGAAUUUUCCAUUAUUGUGAUUUUCUAGUGGAGUCUGAAAUCGACACACAACCCAUUUCCAAUACUUGAGGUCAGACUCAGCAGCAGCGAUGCUCCAGUUCGUAAAGGCCGGACCUGCAGUUCUGUACAGUUUAUAUGGAAGCGUCUUAUGUGAAUCAAGACCAGGACUAAAGCUUUGAUCACUUGCAACCUUAGUUGUGCAGAAGUCAAAGCUCAGCUCAGCUGGACUUGCACCGUGUGAGUCAGUGAGUGCAGGGAAUCGAUGUAAAGGGACGCUGUGAUCGCCAGGACUGUGAUCUUCCAGAGUGUUGGUACAAACAGCUCCACAGAACGGACACUGGACCCAGCAGCAACUACACAGCUGGUCAAUGAGGAUCUGAUCAGGCUGCAGCCUGAAGUCCUUCAUCUUAUCCAGCGAGAGGCUGCUCAUCUCUGUAACUAUGGAUGUCAGGCCUGUCUCUACCUCAUCUUUAAGAUGGUCAAAGUCACUGAUGUCAAUGAAGUUUUGAGAACAGAUGGGAUCAAAUGUCAGUUUGUCUUUUAUUAAAGCAGAGAAUUCCUCCAGCCACAUGUCAGUGUUUCCUCUCUGGGCUUUGACUUUGUCUGUUGCUGUAAAUAAAGCAUUGCUCACUAGA